AUGGCCAAUAACUGUGAGAGCACAAGCAGCGUCACUGCCUUUUUCCAGACAGUACCGUGCUCGCCAGCUAAUCUGAACCUGUACCGCGAAUGCAGCAGCAACGUAAUCGUCUUCUCAUGGGCACAGACAAACAACACGGCAUUCUACAGGGCACUCUUGGAGGACUCUGCCGGGGGUUCACAGGCUUGCAUAACCACAGAGACUUCUUGUUUCUUUACCAACACUAUGUGCGGACGUAGGUACACUUUUACUGUCUAUGCCGUGAACGGGGAGUGCAAUGGUCCAGUCAGCCCGGCAGUAAGCAUCCAAACAGCACCUUGCAAACCCUCUAACCUGAUCACUGUGUCGGAUUGUACGACGGACAUUUUGAGGAGUUCUUGGGAUGCAGGAGAUGGGGUGGCACAGUACAUUGUGGAAGGCAGAGGAAAUCGGGGAAAUACCAGUCAUGUGAGCUACUACAGAUGUAGCUCAAAUACAAGCAGUUGUGUCAUCCCUGGCAUUGCAUGCGGAGAAAGCCUGACCAUGAUGAUCACUGCCUUUAAUGAUGAUUGUUACAGCGAGGUGGUACUGGGUCAGGAGACAAAUACCGCUCCCUGUGUGCCCCAGAACCUCUUGCCCAUUAUUGACUGCAGUUCGGACUCCAUCACCCUCAUGUGGAACAUGGCCAAUGGAGCAUUAUUCUACAUCGCCACAGUGACAGACUCUUCGGGUAGGAUGUACACCUGCAGCACAACGGAUAUAAACUGCAAGAUAACGGGGCUGUACUGUGGAACAAAAUACAAUGCCUCCAUAAUCUCCUCUAACUACAAGUGCAACAGCUCUGUCAGUAACCAGAUCACCGUGGAAACAGCCCCCUGCCCUCCAUCGCAGGUGCAGACCACUCUAGACUGUGAUGGGAACCGGGCGCUGGUGAGUUGGCUGAGUUCACGCUUUCCCGGCUCCUACACGGCCAGUAUUGUGGACCAAAGCAGAGGCCUGCUGAACUGCAGCACCGUGAACAGCAGCUGCUGGGUUCCCAGCCUCAAAUGUGGCCAGGUCUAUGACGUCAGUGUCACCUACUACAACGGCCUCUGCCGCAGCAGGCCUUCGUCGCCCAUCCAAAUGAACUCGGUUCCAUGUGGGCCAGGGAAUUUUCAAACCCGGGUGGAUUGUAGCUCAGGUUUUCUCCAGUUGACCUGGGACCAGACAUAUGGUGCUACUGGAUACUCCGCCAGUCUGGUCGCUACCAACAGUGGGAGACAGAUUUUCUGUAACUCAACCUCUCCCAGUUGCGGCCUCAGCUCUCUAACGUGUGGCGAAUCGUACGUGGCGCAGGUCCGAUCUUACAAUGGCACCUGCUUCAGUAUGCUCAGUCAGCCAGUGACAUUUAAAGAAGUGCCAUGUGCGCCCACCAACGUGACAGUUGCAAGGACCUGUAGUAACCGCACCACAGUGAUGUGGCAAGCCAGCCUUGGCGCUCAGUCUUAUAGGGUCAUCGCUGUGGGCAACAAAGGUCACCAGACAACAUGCUCAUCCAAUACCACCACCUGCAGCCUGACCGAUCUGCGCUGUGGUCAACUGUACAAUGUCAGUGUGGUAGCCAUUGAUGACGCUUGCUCCAGCCUCCAGAGCCAAAGUGCUACACUGCAGACAGGUCCUUGUGCACCCUUUAACAUCCACAGUACAAUUGAGUGCAUCACUAACACUGUAACGCUGAGCUGGGACUCGAGCCCUACCAGCGUGUCCUACACAGGGAGGGCUGUAGGAUCAGACGGACACACAGUGGGGUGUAACAACACCUCUGCACAGUGUCAGUUCACCGGCCUGCACUGCGGCCAGGAUUACGCAAUCAGCUUGACGGCCAGUGAUGGAGUGUGUGGGAGCAUAGACAGUGCGAUCUACACACAGUCCACAGCUCCCUGUGCCCCAACGACUGUUUCUAAAUUCCUGCAUUGUGAUACCAACAUGCUGAGUGUGUCCUGGACCCCGAGCCCCUUGGUUCUAAGCUACAGCGUCCUCCUCACACCUGUAAGUGGACAUGUGCGCGGCUGCACCUCACCUGACAGAAGCUGUGACAUCUCAAAUUUGCAAUGUGGUCUGAGCUACUCACUCACUGUCCUGGCCGCUAACAGACUGUGUAAUGGACCGGAGAGCCCAAGUCAGAUCAUCCAGACAGCUCCGUGCAUACCUACCUCUGUGCAUGCCAGUGUGGUGUGUGUCAGUAACACCGUGCAGGCCUCGUGGGGUCAGGCGGUGGGCGCUCUGACCUACACUAGUGUCCUCACUGGCCCAAGUGGCUCCACCCAUUCCUGCUCCACCUCUGCCCUAUCCUGCGACUUCAGUGGCCUGACCUGUGCUCAGACCUACACACUCAGCAUCUUCACAAGCAACAACAACUGUAACAGCACAGCCACUACAGAUGUCACCGUUACCACAGGUGUGUGA